GUACACACCCUCGAGCGACCUUACGUCGUGGCUAGUAUAACGGGCAAAUCUGGCAGAUCUCGCAUUUGAACUUGGCACUUCACACCAUGUUUAUACGCGACGCGCGGAAACGCGUACUUCGGCAGCUCAAUAGUCGAUACAUCUACGGCCGAUAUCCUCUGCUGCACGCCAUCAUCGCCCUCGUCCAGAUCACCAUGGUAUCCAUCCUCGUGCGGAAGUUCAAUGCAUACUAUGCGAACAGACCCGUCCUCACCACCAUGAUCACCAACGCUGUCCUAGGAGGAAUCGCGGAUACAGUGGCGCAGACUCUGACAUCAGUGCGACAUCGACAACGGCAGAAGGCGCUCACUCCCCACGAUGGCGACGAGAGCAUCCUCUCGAUUGAGAUCCAAGAUCUGGACAAGAAGGUGCCCUGGCCCGAACACGACUACCUAACGCCGGCAUCCAAGCGUGGACCUCCGCCCUUCGACUUUGAGCGGUUGACGAGGUUCAUGGCGUAUGGCUUCAUGAUGGCACCUAUCCAGCACAAAUGGUUCGGCUUCCUCAGCAGAAUUUUCCCCAUUGGAGAGGGCAAGGGUACUUUCAACGCCUUCCGCAGAGUGGCCUUUGACCAAUUUUUGUUUGCGCCUGUUGGGCUCGCGGCAUUCUUCACAUUCAUGACGGUCGCAGAGGGCGGUGGCAAGCGUGCGGUCAUGCGCAAAUUUCAAGACGUCUACCUUCCAGCACUCAAGGCAAACUUCAUAGUAUGGCCGCUGGUGCAAGUGCUUAACUUCCGGGUGAUACCGAUACAAUUCCAGAUCCCAUUCGUCUCCACGAUCGGUAUCUUUUGGACAGCGUAUUUGUCGCUCACCAACUCCUCGGAUGAGGCCGUCGAAAGUCCCGCACGAUCACCAGCGGUAUCAGCCUGAGCCAUCACAACAUUGUCCGACCCCCACCUGCUUCCACCCAUACCAAUACAGGCUUGUGGACAUAAAAACUACCGCACUUAAAACUACCGCAUAGUCGGAAGGACUCGGAAUGCCUUCCUCUACUCCAGCUUGGCGUUUGGGGCAUGGCAAGGAGCACAGAUAGCAUUGCCUCGGAAUAAAUAGGGCGUCUCUAGCAUGCAUGUACGUUACUUUUGCGAGAUCCUGAAGCGC